AUGGGGACAACGUUUGUAGAAACUGUUAACAUUAAUCUGGAAGACUUCUCUGAAUCAUUCCUAACUUGUGCUACCUGUCUCUGUACUUAUGAUCAGGAUAAAAGGAAAGCAAAACUUCUGCCAUGCUCGCACACUGUUUGUUUGCGGUGCCUUACUCAAAUGGAGCAAAUAUCUCAGAAGGAGGAGACGAACGUUAUACGAUGCCCGUUGUGCCGGGAAAUAACUACCCUACCUGCUAGUGGUGUUUCUGCGUUACCUAAUUCAUUCCUGAUUAAUCAGCUUUUCGACUUAAUGCGAAAACAACGCAAAGAUGUUGUUCCUAACUGUUCAGCUCAUCCGCAUCAGCAGCUGAUGUACUGUGAAGCCUGUGAUUUGGUUUUUUGUACGACAUGUAGGGCUUCAUUGAUAAGUUCUUGUGCCGAACAUAACGUGGUACCGUUUUCGGUAGCUCUCAAAAGGAUUUCUGAAAUUGUUGUUCAUAAGACAAGGCAGUGUGUCGCAAAUCUCGAUAAGGCCUCCAAAAAUGUUAAUUUGGAGAUAGAUCAGUUGGACAAAAACGUUGAUCGGAUAGUGGAAGAAUUGAAUAACUUGUUUCAAGAAGUAUGUCAGACUGUAGAAAACCGCCGAAGAGAGUUAGUGGAUAGCGCACGUGUCUUGCGAGAUGAGAAACGAAAAGUAUUGCUUGACCAAUUGGAACUUAUUGAUAGUCAUCGUAAGAGGUUGGAAAGAGAGCUAGAAACCUCUCAAUUUGAUGUUCGCGAAAUGAGUUACCGAACUAAGAAGGUAACUGAAGCUACCGAGCAGGCUGUUUCAUUGAUGGAACCAAAAGAAAAUGCUUUUUUGAAACUCCAUACAGAACCAAAGAAACUUGUUCACGAAUUUAAAAAACUUCUGAAUGAAUUUGGAACUAUUUCGGGUUCUUCUACCUUCCCUGGUUUAUGCACCCUUGAAUUGACUGGCCCUUCAAGUUCUCACAUUAGAACUUAUUUGGUUCUUAAUACUUAUUCUGCUGACGGGAGGAGAAGGAACAGCGGAGGCGAUCCUAUCACCAUUAAAGUAACUUUAAAGAAAAAUUCCUUAGCGAAAACAGAUGAAUAUGAAACUAUCGUAGAAGAUCAAGAUGAUGGAACUUACAGGAUUUCUUUCAAGACAUGUAUACCUGGUGACUAUUUAGUAUGUGCAGAGAUUUUUGACAGGCCAGUAAAGAAUAGCCCUUUCCUUGUUUUUGUUAGCAACCACCACAAUCCCAUCUGGCAGUUUGGUUCGCCUGGCGUUGGAAAAUUGCAACUUAAUCAGCCAACCAAGAUAUGUCAGGAUGAGAAGGGAAAUUUUUACAUCCUUGAUACUGGUAAUAAUAGAAUUAAAGUUUUGGAUGUUUGCGGUGACUAUGUUAAAGAUGUCACAGGCGCAGCACUUAGCGAAGGAAGUACCGUAGGAUUAGCCACGUUACCAACGGGAGAGAUCUUGACUCUUAAUUGGAGAACGAAAGAAGUUGUCAAAUCUGACUUUCGUGGCACUCCAUUGCAGACUAUGACGUUUUCUGAAUUUGGAGAGCCAGUUGACUUAUGCGUUGACAGCCAUGGAAGGAUAUUGAUUGCAGACGCAGCGAAUAGCAAAGUUUUCGUUUUCGAUACAGCAUUCCGGCCGUUGUUCAGCUUUAGUACUGAGCUCUACGCAUCAAAUUCUUCUAUUACUUGCGUUUCUAUAGGCAUGAACGACGAAAUAAUUGUCGGGACUUGUUCAUCGCUACUAUUAUUUGAUGGCAGAGGAGAGUUCUUGCGUGAGAUACACUUAGGUGAACCAAGUUCCAGAGCCUGUAUGAUGGCGGCUGCAUGCGCUGUUUGCCCGAGCACUGGUACUGUUUUAGUUGCAGUUAUUGAUGUGAAAAAAAAUCGAGCUCACUUGGCCGUUUGUCAGUACAAGGGGCCUCUUUUAUUCACUAUUGACAGCUACGGGUCGAAACUGCGCCAUCCAUGUGGCAUUUGUGUGGCGAUUACCAAUUGGAAAAAUACAUGCUUUGUCGUCGAUUCGGCGAACUGUUGUGUAAAAGCCUUUCAGUUCUGCUAA